AAUGUAGUUUGAAUAUUUUUGUUUUGAAAAUAUAUUUCGCCCAUUCAAGACAUAUUCGUAAAAAGGCUCAACUUUCAAGACAAGAGACUAAAUCGAUUUUUGUACAUUGUCCGCGUAUUGUAUACUCGGUAAAGUAGGUUUUUUCGAAAUUUUUCCCAUCGAAAUUGUUUUCUUAAAGCGAGAGGGUUUUUUUUCUAAGCUAAUCGUUCAAAAAUACAGCUGUCAUAUGGAAUUAAAGUAAUGUUGUGUUAGUAGUGAUGAAAUAGGGUUCGGCCUUCAUUUUUAAUAACGUCAUUGUGUGUUAUCAAAAGAAAUAAAGGGAUAACUGUCAGUGUUAAAGAAAUUGAUUUUAAGAAACCAUGGCGUCGACCAUACACUCCUUUUUCAGGACCUUCAACUCAAAACUGGAGCAGCCGGUUAGGCAGCAUCUCAAGAAUGUAUACGCUUGUUUAACUAUGGCUAUGAUGUCAGCUGCCACUGGGGCAUACGUCGACCUUUACACUAGUUUCUUAUCCAAUAACAUUCUACCUUUUUUCGCCACUUUAGGAUUUUUACUCGCUCUUUAUUAUACAAAAGAUAAUGGAAAAAACCAACUACUCCGUUUGUCAUUCCUUCUCGGAUUUUCAUUUUUCUCAGGUUUGAGUAUUGGAUCGUUACUGGAACAAGUCAUCAUGAUCGACCCGAGCAUAGUCCCAACUGCUUUCUUGAGCACUUCUCUGAUUUUCGUCUCAUUCAGUCUUUCGGCGAUUAUGGCUAAAAGAGGCUACUGGCUUUUCCUGGGCGGAAUCAUUUCAUCCAUACUUUCGGCUCUGAUCAUCUUCUCUCUCGCCACUGUCUUUUUCAGAUCAGCCAUGUUGUUUCAAGUUCAUCUCUACAUCGGCUUUUUGCUCAUGUGCGCUUUCGUCCUGUAUGACACCCAACUGAUUAUUGAAAAACGUCUCCAUGGGGAUAAAGAUUUUAUUGCACACUCGGUUGAGCUGUUUAUCGACUUUAUUGGAAUUUUCAGGCGCCUCCUUGUUAUCCUUGCCCAGAAAGAAAACAACAAACGUGACAGCAAGAGGAGAUAAGAUAUUACUUUAUUUUCUUACUUUUUUUUUUUUACAAAUGUGUGUACAAUACUUUGAUUGAAAAUAUUAAAUAUAAUAUGUAACUGAAUGUGAAAAGAUAUUUCGUGUUUUUCAAUAUAUAUUAACCUAAUCGACAAUGUAUUGUAAUUUCUAUAUAUGUAUGUUAACGGUGAAGGAAUUAUUUGACCUUUAGAAAUAAAUGGAAAAAAAAGUGGUAGUUUUAAGUUUAUUGAAAAACAACGAGAUUUGUAAGUUUUAUGAGAAAGAUCGUUUGAGUAUUUACGAUCUCUUAAUUUGCAAAAUGUGUUUUCUUGCAGUUAAAAUGAAUAAGAAAUCAAUUUAGUGUAAUAAAAGUUCAUUUUUAAAAGUGAAUA